AUGACGGUCAGCCAUCGCAAGAACAAGCCAGCACCGAAAGCGGACAGCGCGUCCGCCACCACCACCGCCGCCGCCGAGCCGGGCGUCCGCUACCACUGCGAUGCUUGCGGCGCCGACAUCACGCUCACCGUCCGCAUUCGGUGUGCUGAACGCUGCCAGGACUUUGACCUCUGCGCCUCGUGCUUCUGCUCAGGCGCGCAGGUGGGCAAGCACCUCGCCUCACAUGCCUACCGCGUCGUGGAGCAGCACACCUACCCCAUCUUCUGCGACGAUUGGGGCGCGGACGAGGAGCUGCUCCUCAUCGACGGCUGCCAGAUCUACGGCCUCGGAAACUGGGCCGACAUCGCCGACCACAUCGGCAACCGCACCAAGGAGGAGGUACAGGAGCACUACAUUCGUGUCUAUGUCGAGGGCCGCGACGGCACAGCUGCGGGCGAUGCGCGGGCGGAAGAGGCGCUGCGGCAGUAUGCCAAAGUGGCCAAACCCACGGUCGAUCCGUUGAUGGAAGAAGGCACGGGCAGCAGGACAGCGCUCCAUCUCCAGGGCGAGGAGCCGCCGGUGGUCGGGCCCUCCUCGAACUUCACGCCUUCCAUCACGCAGGAUGAGUUCCAACAGCGCAAGCGUCGUCGCGUCGAGACGCUCCGCGAGGCGCAGGCGUCCUACUCGCCGCCCAAGUCGGCCAAGCCGCUCGUCUCAGCGCCGACCAACCACAGCGAGCUGGCAGGCUUCAUGCCCGGCCGUCUCGAGUUCGAGCACGAGUACGAGCAGGAGGCCGAGCACCUGAUCAAGGACAUGGAGUUCGGCAAGGUGUACGAGUACGGCGGUGCCGGCAUGCCCAACGAGUGGGAGGCGCUCGGCAGCAAGGGUGCCACCCAGGGCCACCAGAGAAUGGAGGCGAGCGGGCGCGGCGGACCCACCAGCAAGAAGGGCGUCCAGAACGAGGAGGGCGAGGCAGAAGAGGGCCAGCAGCCCAAGGACGACGACGACGGCAGCGCCGACAAGGACAAGGACAGCGACAGGGAUAAGGAUGCCGAGCCCGAGGACCGGGCCGCCGACUGGGACGAGGACCCGAUCGACCUUCACCUGAAGCUCACGGUGGUCCAGAUGUACAACGAGAGGCUCGACCGCCGAGCUCGACGCAAGCGCUUCAUGUUCGAGCGCAACCUGGUCGACUACAAGCGUAACCUCGCCGCCGAAAAGCGGCGCAUCAAAGAGGAGCGCGAGCUGCUGGCGCGGACAAAGCACUUUGCCCAGAUGCAGACGGCGCUCGACUACGAGGACUUCCUCAACGGCCUCUGCUAUGAGGAGGCAUUGAUACGAGCGGCCGCGCAGCUGCAGGGCUAUCGGAAGAUGGGCAUCCUGACGCUCGACGAGGCGGCCGCCUACGAGCGCGAAAAGGCGGAGCGGGCAAAGCGCGCGGCCAACAUUGCCGAGGGCGGGCUUGCCGCAUUCCCGGCCGCCGGUGCCAGCGGGCGUCAGCGCAGCGAGGUCGUCCGUGCCCGGCAACGCGAGACGAGCACACCGGCGCCGCUCGACGAUCUGCCGCUCGCCUCUGGCUCCGGUGCCACGCCGGCCGCCGCGGCCCCACCUUCCGCCAAAGAGGCGGCUCCGUCCAAGAAGGAGAAAAAGGACAAGGAAGACAAGGACAAGGAGCCCAAGGCGCCGCGGAAGCCCCCGCAGCCGCUCGACCUGGCCUCUUCGCCCUCGCUCCACCUGCUCACGCCGGACGAGGCGCAGCUGUGCUCAACACUGCGCAUCCUGCCGCAGCCCUUCCUCAUCAUCAAGUCGACGCUGAUCGCGGCCUUUUUGGCCCGCGGCGGCAAGCUGACGCGGCGCGAGUGCCGCACGCUGGUCAAGAUUGAUGUCAACAAGCUGGGCAAGGUGUGGGACUUUUUCAACGACAUGGGCUACUUUGACGCGGCGCGCGAGGCUGGCUGGACGGGAGGCGUGGGCAGCCCGCCACGGCCGGACAAGAGCAAGGACGGCGCCAACGGCGGGCCGAGCAAGCCGGACUGGCUCAACGGCAGGAUGGCCAUGUCGGCAUCGUACUCGUUUGGGCCGAGCCCGGCCGUCGACUCGCGCGACGGCCCUCCGGGCGGCCUCGCCGCGUCCGCCGCCAGUACGGCGGUCAGUCCAAAUGGCCUGCCUAACGGAUUCGGAGGCUCCUUCAAGCAGCACUCUCAGGCCACCCAGGCGCAGCAACAGCAGGCCCUGCUCAGCCACAACGGCCGAGGCGCGCCGCUCGUCGCUGCGCCGGGCAUGGCGUCGGGACCCACGCCACCGAUGAGCUCGGGCGGGCGCGGAUCACAGAGCCCGCGGAAGAGCGAAAAGUGGCGGCCCACCGCCGCCGUCUGA